GUCCCACCUGGCCCAGGACUACGCGGGCCUGGGCUCCGGCAGCUGCCCCUCCGCCUGCCUGCCGCUGCGGCAGCGCUCCUACCUGGGACACGUGCUGCCCGAGAGCCUGCUGCAUGUGCUGGCGGCGGCAGGCGGGGGCAGCGGCAGCGGGGGCAGCGGCAGCGGCAGCGGGGCGGCGGCGGCGUUUGCGGCGGCGCUGUGUGGCGACUCCGACACCCCCGAGCUCAUCUGGACGCACUCCAUGCGCACCUCCCGGCUGCUGCCCGCGCUGUCGGCCCACCUGGGCGACCUGCCCGCGCGACUGCGGCAGCGGUGCGGCGCGGUGUGGGAGUUCGCGCCGCUGCCGCCACUGAGCUACCCCGAGCUGGAGGGGGAGAUGUACUGCCAUAGGUACUACCUGCGCCACCUGGCUGACACGCAGCGCUUCCCCAACUGGCCGCUGGUGGACCAUGUGCCCCUGCUGCAGUCGCUGCUUGCCGAGUGGCGGGCCGAGCUAUCCCGCCAGCCGCUGUCGCUCAGUGAGGCGGAGGCGUGUGAGGUGCUGGGGCUGAGACCCACGGGUCACCAGCAGGCUGGCGGCGGGGGGCAGCAGCAGCAGCUGGCGGUUAACGAGGAGGAGCUGCGGAGGGCGUACCGAGUGAUGGCCAGGAAGUACCAUCCCGACAAGAACCCGCAGGGCCGCCCCAUGUUCCUAAAGAUCCAGGCGGCCUACGAGCGGCUGCAGGCGGGAGUGGCGGGAGGUCAGGGCCCCCAGCCCUGGCGCAUACUGCUGCUGCUGAGGGCGCAGGGGGUGCUGUACGACAGGUACGGCAGGGAGCUAUCGCCGUACAAGUACGCGGGGUACGGUCUGCUGCUGGACGUGUU